AUGAAGCAAGAUGGGGAACAGGACAAGGAAUCGGCUGAAAAUGGAUCAAUUCAGGAUGUUCACCAUGCAGAAGACAAACCUUGUACAAGUUCGAGUGCAGAAGAAGUUGAAAAUGGUUUUGACGGUCAGUAAAGGUUCUUUGUUGAUUUUCAAUUAUUUUAUAGUUCUUUUUUUGAUUUUUUAUACGAGUUAUAUUGCUUUAGAUGAGGACGACGAAUUCGGAGAUUUCGAGACAGCUGAAAUCAAUGAAACAGAAUCCCCCGUCGAAGCAACAGUUGUAAAUGAGUCAAGGAAAGCUUCGCAAGAUUAUGUAAGUGAUUUUUCUUUACCUUUUUACAAAUUUAGGUAUAUUUUCCGGUUCUUGAGAAUAUCUUCAAUAAUGAUGGAGUAUGGGAUGUAGAAGAUACGGAAAAUCAGUCAAAUUUUGAGCAGAUCGAUCUCGAUUAUUUCUUGGAUGAAGCAUCAUCCGAUUCAGAGCUUCCGUAAGAAAUUUAUUGAUUUUAAAGGGAAAAUAUGUUUUUCGUCUCAUCAAGUAUAAUUCUAGGUCGGUGCAACUAUGGAACUUACUUCGAGUAAUAGAAGAGACAAACUCUUUGAAGUUCCGAUGGCCCAGUUCCAAUUUGUCAACAGUAUUCUUGGAAUCAAUUGGAGUUUGUGAACCUAAUAUGUUAUCUAUGAGGAACCCGGAAAACCAAGCUCCCUCAAGUCAGUCCAGGUUUGGUUGUGUCCUUUCUUCUUUUCUAUUGAAGUUUAGGCCGCUUUUUGCCGAGAAUCCGCUCAUGGAUAUGGGGGCUAUUGAUUUAAGUUCUUUACAAGUUGAACCAGCAGAUUUUGAUUGGAAUAGAGCUGGAUUGGUUAACCCAUUAAGAAUUUGUAAGAUUAGUGUUGUCGUAGUCGUUAAGAAUGUCGUAAUUGUGGCUGUUAAAGUGUUUUACCCUUUGUAGACGGUUUUUGGGAAGAUGGGUCAUUUUUUCGAAGCUUUUAGGUAUCUCGGGUCAUGGUUAAUAUAAAUUUUUGAAGCUAUUUUUAGGCCUUACUGUCUGUGUUUAAGUUUUUAAUGCGUUUGUUUUUCCUUUUUGAUGUUGUCCUUCCCCUUUCUCUCCACGUUUUUUACAAUAAAAAUUUUCAGCUUCGUCGGACCCAAUUGCAAAUCUCAAUUGCGACUUUUUCCAAAACUCUCCAUUCAAAAUGAAUGGAAAGAGCUUACUUGAUGACGACCUAGCUGCAUGGGGAUUGGAUUCGGAAAAUAAUAAGUGAGUAUUAAAAUUCAUUUUUUUUUAUGUUUUUAGGUCAAACGGCCAAAACGGAUAUACGCACGCAACUAACAAUGGAUUAUCCUUCUUAUCAGUCGACGGAUUAAGUGAGGAUGCCAAGGAGCUACUAAACAGGCUUCCAAAUCUGGAAUUUAUGCUUUCCGACCGAGUUCAACGGCUAAAAUAA